AUGGGUUUGGCCUCGCUCGACGCCGCCGCCGCGGUCGCGGCCGCGGCGGCGGCGCCGCGCCAGCGGCUGUGGCAGGAGUCCGCCUCUGCUUCGGCGGCGGUGAGCGGGCCGGCGGGCCGCGGCGCGGCGGGCGGCGGCAGGAGGUCGGGGAUUGCUGACGAGGCGGGGCGCGGCAGGGGAGAUGAUGACGAGGAUGACAACGACGGCGACAACGGGGGCGGUUAUGAUGACUACGGGGCGGCGGAUGACAAUGGCGACGGCGAGGACGGGUGGCAGCAAGGGGCGGAGGGGGACGAGGCGGAUGUCGUGCGCGCGUCGCAGCACGUGUCGAGCGUCGUGCGGGGCAUCGCCGCCGCCGCGAGCCCGGAGACGCCCUCGCACCCGCUGCGCCUGGCGGCCAGCGGCAGCAAGGGGGCGCGCCCGGCCGGCGGCGCCGGCGCAGCCGCCGGCGAAGCGGCCCGGGGCACGGCGGCCGGGAGCGGCGGCGGCGCCAGCGGCAGCGACGGGGCAGCUGCGGCGGCGGCGUCUGAGCCGUCGCCGCUGCGGCUGACGCCCCAGGUGCAGGCAGCCAGCCAAAGGGCGCGCGGGGGCCAGGCGGCGACGGCGGCGGUGCAGACGGCCGAAGCUGCAGGCGCCAGCGGCGCAGCGGCGCGGCGCGGCAGCAAGCGGCCGCACGCGGCGGUGCAGACGCCGCGCGAGGGGCGUUGGGCCAAGAGCAGGAAGAGCCUGGCGUCUGACGGCAUGCAGACAGGCCUGGACGGGCGCCGCCAGACCACGCGCGUGCGGCACCCUCCGCUGGAGUACUGGCGCAACGAGCGCAAGGAGAUGUGCCGCGUGCACGCCAGCCUGCCCACCGUGAAGCGCACAGUGGAGCUCACCCCAGACCCCUGCUGGCCGGCGCCGCAGGGGGAGGUGGAGAAGCGGGAGCGCGCCAGGAGCAAGCCGCGCUCGAAGCCGCGCGCCGCCGCCAAGAAGUGA